AGAACGAUAUUGGCUGUGGGUUUGUCAUAUCUGGCCUUUAUUAUGUUGAGGUAAGUUCCCUCUAUGCAUGCUUUUUAUGCAUGGAGGGUUUUUAUCAUAAAUUGGUCUUGCAUUUUGUGGGACCUCGACAUUUCUGAUCACGACAGAGCCGAGUCCUCUCCUCCAUCCCACGAACCUCCAGCCAAGCUUUGAAGCCCGGCCUCAGUGUUCUGACCCGACGAUGGGGACAGCAGCUCUCUCUGGGGGCCAAGUUGGACCAGGAGGCUACUGUCUCCCCGACCCAGGCCCUAAGAUGACAUCAAAAGGAUGGAAGUUUCCAGUUCAUGCCGGAAUGUGGGUUUUCCAGCUGAGUCAGAUGGAGCCUGUUUCUAUGGCAGCCAUGCUCCACCACUACUCGAGGGUUUGGGGAGACAGAAUUCUUAACUGGGAGUAUUUUCGCUACCUGUCAAACAAGCAGGAGCCUGCCCAGGAAAGAACAAUAAAGAAAAAACCCUAAGCCCAGCUGGCUGAGCGCCCAGGCUUUGCAUUCUAGGUUCUUGGACAAGUGGCCCCCUGUUAUGGAGUCAAGUUGCCAUCACCACUCUCCGUCUGGGUGACACAGGGGCUGGUUGAGGGGCAGGAAGGGGAGUCGGGGCCAUGCUGAAGUAGCUAGCGUCAUGGAAACAGGACAGACUUGCCCUUGGUGCUCCCUGGCCAAGGGAGCUGAGAACUUAAGUUUCUCAGCCUCUCUAGGCUGCAUCAGUGAAAUGGGAAUGAGAAAAAGACACCAAGAAUGAAGAGCGCCUAGGUGGGACCAAGCACGGUGAUUUGGGGAAAGGAGGAGGGGAGGGGAAGGGCGGAGAGAAGAAAGCCCACAGAUCGACCCCCACCUUCCCCAAACUGCCUGGAAGCAGAGCCCACAGGCCCCAGGCUGGCCCCUCCCCUGGAGACUUGGCCAAAGUGUCAGACCAGGAAGUAUCAUUACGUCACUGGGCAUUCAGGGGUUAAUGAGGGGGAGUGGACAGGACCCUGGUAUUUAACUAAUGCGGAGAGGCCUUGAGAUCAGAGGCACGCCUGCUGACUUCCUUCUCCUUCAGCCCAGCUUCUCUACUCCCUGCACCCCUCCCCUCCCAGCAGAAUGAAGCUUCCCCCUCUUCUGACCUUACUUUGCCUCAUGGUGGCCCUGGCUGUCGGGAACCUGGUCCAGUUCGGGGUGAUGACUGAGAGAAUGAAGGGGCAGCCUGCGCUGCAGUACAUUGACUAUGGUUGCCACUGUGGUUUCGGCGGCUCCCACGGGCCAGUGGACCAGACAGACUGGUGCUGCCACGCCCAUGACUGCUGCUAUGGGAGUCUGGAGAAGCUGGGCUGUGAACCCAUGUUGGAAACGUAUCUUUUCUCUGCCAGCAGGCACGGCAUCUUCUGUGCUGGCAGAACCACCUGCCAGCAACAGACCUGCGAGUGUGACAAGAGGGCUGCUCUCUGCUUUCACGACAACCUGGGCACCUACGACCGCAAAUACGCCCGUUACCCCAACAAGCUGUGCACCGGACCUACCCCGCCCUGCUAAGGCUGUGCUCCGCUUCUUUCCUGCGGCCCCCUGCCCUCCAGCUGCUGGAGCCCCAGACCUCCGGAACGUUGGCACCAGAGCCCCUCCCUCUGGAAAAUUCCUUUCCUGCAAACCCAUCCCUCCCUGAGAGCUCCCAGAUGAGGAAGAGCCAUGCCCGGGGGCCCUUUAGCACCCAGAAGAUUCUAUAACCCACCCCCUGGGAUCUCAGUUCCCUCUUCCGAAUAUGUGAAUGAUAUUUUCCCAUAAUUCCAAUACUGAUCCUCAGAUUCUAUCAUUGUAGGGCUUAAUUAGUCUGCAGUUUCAUUCAUUCGUUCGUUUCUUGAGCACCCACCAUGUGCCAACAACGUGCUAAGUGCUGGGACACAGCGUGGGUCUGACAUGGGUGGCCCCUGUGCACAGCUCUGACAUUCUGUCCUUUUAAUUUCCCAUUACAGUGAGUUUCUGUGAUUCUCUUUUUCUAACAUUCCACCAUCUUAUCCAAGAUAAUAAUGGCACUCUCUAGAAGGAAUGUUUCUGGCCAUAUGGCAUAAUGUGAGAAGCACGCAAAAUGCCAACCUAAAAAUAUUGUCCCCACCAUGUCAUCAGGCUUCAAAUCCCUCCCAUUAGAAGACUGGCUCAAAGUGAAAAGAAGCUCUCAAAUCACCUUUUUCGAAGCCCUCCCUUGACAGAUGGGCAUUCGGGGCUCAGAGAGGGAAAGUUCUACCUGAAGGGGUGUCCUCACUCCCAUACCAGUGUGCCUUCAUUUCUUCAUGAGUGGGUAUCAGUCACUGACACUCUACCCCUCUGGUUGUCAUCUUGGACAGCCCAGGGUGCCCAGGGAAGGUCAGCUGUGAGGAUGCCCAGGCCAGGUCAGGCUCCUGAUACAGGGAGGGGAAGAGGAAAGGUUUCAACAUCCAACACCCUAGGGCCAACUCUGGAGCCAAUUUAAAGCACCAAAGGAUUCCCAUCAAAUGGAAUGCAGCCUAUCUGGGAAGCAAUGAACUUCAGCAGAUUCUACUCCUAAAUAUAGAUAUAUCUCCUCUAUCUAUAAUAUGCUGAUAAAAUCUUCCAGGAUUGGGAUGAGACUAUUCAAUGAGAUAAAGCAUGUAAAAAAGCAUCGCACAGGCAACGCUCUCAGCGGCCAGGUAAUAAACAUCCCCUCCCUUUGUCCAUUUCAUGGAACGUGUGCAACUUUCAGGACUUUGAGGGCAGGAAGGAGCCUGAAGCCAUCAAAUCGAUGAUCAUCAUACAUUUUAAAAGGUGAAGAAGUUCUGUGCUAGGAAAACAAACACAAACAAACAAAACAUGGGGGGCAGAUGUGCGCGCUUUGUUGCUGUGACUUGACUCAAAUCCUUGGCGAAUAAUCACCGGGAGACCAGGUCGUAAAGCACAGUGUGUGUGGGUGGGGAAGAGAGCCCAGUGUUUGUUGGGAAGAGUGGUCCUGAGGCACCCUCUGUUGUCCAUUUUGUUCAGGCUAACAGGUGGGAACAAAUUUGGCUUAAGCCUGAAUUUCCCUUCAUCAUGGGGGCAAAGUAUGCUUCUGGGCUAGUGAAACCGGCCGCUUCGCACUUUCAGUAAUCAUAUGCUGAGAAAUAAUCAAUAAGUCCUUACAGACAUCUUAGAAUGAUGGUACGACUGCAUACACGAGAAACACAGGAAGAAGGAACUGACCUGGGGGAGAUGGAGAGAGGUGGUGCUCUGGGCGUUACGGAUUCAAGGCAGCGAUGGAAGGAGUACCUUGUGAGGUUACAAUUGCUUAACCAUCUGACAGGGUGAAAACUGGAACUUAAGAACAAGCCUCGGUGCAGUCUGUUUUUUGAAGAAUCAACAAAUAUUUGGUGAAUGCAAGAAUGAUUCCGUCUAAAUCCUGUUUGUGUGUGUGUACAGUACAUACGCUUGAUUUCCAGUGCAGACUUGGUGGAAAAGGCUGAAAAAAGGAAAGGAGAGCCCUGAACUUGAUGUCGGAGCUUCCAGGUAGAGCCCUCUGCUCUGCCGGUUAGCAGUGGUGCAUCUGUUCUAGACCCCGCUGCUCAGGGAGCUUAUUAGAAAUGCAGAAUCUUGGACCUGACCCCAGAUGGCCGAGUUAACAAGACCCCCAGGUGACUCGUGUGCACACUGAAAGCACUGAUAUAUGGCCACAGACAGCCUCAGUGUCUGCACUUGUGAAAUAGAACAAUGACAUUUCCCUGGUAGGUUGAUUGUAGCGAGGUUUUAAUAAAUUAGCAUGUGUGGAUGUACACAAAAUAAUGCCUAGCACAUUAUAAGCAUCCCAUAAAUGAA